GCAAGCCAGAAAAGGACGAACAAAACUCACCAUCCCAGAACUGUUCCUCGUUCCCAGCGGACCAAUCGACGUCGGGGUCCGCCAUGAUCAUCUCAGACGGACAGCACCAGUGCCGGGACUGAAACACUAGGCAUCACGAAUAGUGGGACGCGAUUCGACAUAUGACUGCUGAGGAGAGUAAUCUUUUGGUUACAACUGGAAUGGAUGUACGGAGGUAGCGGACGGUGCGAGUUGGCCCGAAUUAGGUUGGUGAGCUCGUGCAUCUGUCCAGCGGGUUGUGGUCCGCCUUGCGCAGCAGAUGCAGUGGGCGGGCUGAUUGACAGCGGCACCUGCCCGCCGUUUCUUGCUCUGGGUCUGCCGAGUGACCCCUGCUCCCGGUCCGUUUGGAACUUUGGUUGGCGUUUCGUAUGCACGGGCCAUGGUUCCAAAGGCUUCAAUGACGUCGUUCGGUCUGGCAGUGAUAUCUUGAGCGAUUUCUUCUACCAUCUACAAGCUGUUCCCUGUCCAUACCUGACAUUUGUAACCUUAGUACGCAUUGGGGUCAAUAGAUCCAAUGGCUCGAGCCUGCUGCAAACACUUUCGUUCAGACUUCAACAUUGUAGCGACUCACGGAGCAUAAGAGCCCAGCUUUUCCCAACGGGAUGAUCAUGCGGAUAAACGCCAAAUGUAGCAUCCAUGGAUCAUUGGGCGCUGCAGAGAAAGGGGUAUCAAUAAACGUGUACUUUGCCCAGGACCAACACCACAUCAAGAGCCGACUGAACACCUC